GACAUACAAAAACUGGUCAAUUGGCUGCCAUAAAGGUGAUGGAUGUCACCGAAGAUGAAGAAGAAGAAAUCAAAUUAGAAAUUAACGUCUUAAAGAAAUACUCAAAUCAUCGGAAUAUAGCUACAUAUUAUGGUGCUUUCAUUAAGAAAUCACCGCCGGGUAAAGAUGACCAACUGUGGUUGGUCAUGGAAUACUGUGGUGCUGGUUCAGUUACCGAUCUAGUUAAGUCAACAAAAGGACAAAGUCUCAAAGAGGAAUGGAUUGCAUACAUUUGCCGCGAAAUACUGCGCGGUCUCGCCUAUCUGCACUCGAACAAGGUUAUACAUCGUGAUAUCAAAGGUCAGAAUGUGCUGCUAACCGAUAAUGCCGAAGUGAAAUUGGUCGAUUUCGGUGUAUCGGCACAAUUGGAUCGGACAAUAGGCCGACGGAAUACAUUCAUUGGUACACCAUACUGGAUGGCACCCGAGGUCAUAGCAUGCGAUGAGAAUCCCGAAGCCACCUAUGACAAUCGUUCCGAUCUAUGGUCAUUGGGUAUUACGGCAUUGGAAAUGGCCGAAUCACAGCCACCGCUGUGCGAUCUGCAUCCAAUGCGUGCUCUCUUCUUGAUACCACGUAAUUCACCGCCACGUUUGAAAUCGAAUCGAAAGUGGACAAAGAAAUUUCAAAGUUUUAUAGAUACAGUGUUAGUGAAAGAUUAUCAUCAGCGGCCUUAUACCGAACAAUUGCUUAAGCAUGCUUUUAUCAAGGAUCAACCGACAGACCGUCAGGUACGCAUCCAACUGAAGGAUCACAUCGAUCGCUGUAAAAAACGCAAACAAGAAAAGGAACGCGAAGAUUACCGUUACUCGGGCUCCGACAAUGACGAUGACGAUACGCAGAUUGCUGGUGAACCAAGUUCAAUUAUUCAAGCACCGGGUGAUACAUUGCGUCGCAAUUUCCAACAGAUUCAAGAGGGACGAAUUGCCGCCGAACAACAACAGCAGCAGCAACAAAUGGCCGCGGUGGCAGCAGCCCAGGCAGCAGCUGCUCAAGCUCAAGCCGCACAACAGCAGCAGCAACAACAACAGCAGCAGGCACAAGCUCAGCAGCCACAGGCGAAUCGUAAUCAAAAACCACCAUCGCGUGAUCAACGUCAACAAAUCGAAGAACCAGGACCACCAUCACGUCCUGCAUUACCUCAACGUCUCAUUGUUGUUCCAGAUCCUCCCCAUGCCAAUCGACCAUUGCCACCCACACCGAAAAGUUCAGAAUCCUCGUCCGCCGCACAAACUCCACAGCAACAGCAACGUAAUUCACAAAAUAAUUUCAAACCAUCGUUACCACCAAGGAGACCUGAGGAUUUGGAUAUGAUAGCAGCACAAUUAAAUGAAUUGGGCGUCUCUCAACAGCCUCAACCACAGACAGCAGCGGCUGCAUCAUCUUCAUUUGUCCAGCAAUCAGCCCAACCAGAAGCACCACCACGUAAUAAUCGCCAAUCGGGCGGCGUACCACCAUCAGGAUCGGGCAAACCAGCAGCACCAUUACCCACAUCGGGCAAUAAUCAUCAUCAUGUGGCAGUUUCAAAUCCCUUGGAUCCAUUGGAUAGCAGUGAUUCGGACAGUGAACCGGAUGAGCCAAACGAUCGUGGUCGUAACGAUGGUACACUCUUGGCCAGUGAUCCACCCAAGCCACUGCCUGGCCUGGUGCCAGUAUCAGAGGAUUCAUCAUCAACACCCAUUACCCAUGGCAGCGGUGGACCACCAAAUCGUCCACUACCACCCACACCAGAUGAUGACGACCAAGCCGGUGAUCGUACAUUGAUUAUGAAAAGGAAUCGCAAUACGGAAAAUCUUGGUACACCUGGUACCCGCACGAGCAGUGUUUUACCCGAUUUGCUAAGUCAAGCUUCACCAGCAACUCCGCCACGUCACGAUAAAUCAUCCAGUGAAGAGGCAAAUUUACCUAACAAUCACAAAGAAAUUUAUCAAGCGGCCAUCAACUCAUCAGUGCAUUCCACACCAUCGAAAUCGUUUAUUGGCGGCUCAAAUAACUCACCCCAAUCCACGAUUUCGUUGCAUUCGUCUUCGUCGCGACAAAACAGUCCCAAAAAUUCGAUUAGCAAAACUCGCUCCACCAGUAGCAUUACUAAUUUGUUGCAUAAAUCUGCUUCUUCUUCCUCUAAUACAUCGGCGGCCGCAUUGCCUGUUCCACCGUAUGCCCUACAACAGAAACAGCGCAGUUUUCUUACGUUCGGUUUUGGUGCUGGCGGUUCGGGACCAUCGAGACGCGAAUCACAUGUUAAUGUCAAUGUUACACCCACGUCACACGAGGCAUCGAGUGAUACACCGGAAAUACGCAAAUACAAGAAACGUUUCAAUUCGGAAAUACUGUGUGCUGCCCUAUGGGGUGUUAAUCUAUUGAUAGGCACAGAAAAUGGUCUGAUGUUAUUGGAUCGUUCGGGUCAGGGCAAGGUCUAUCAACUGAUAUCACGUCGUCGUUUCCAACAAAUGGAAGUAUUAGAAGGUCAAAAUAUCUUGGUAACCAUAUCGGGCAAAAAGAAUCGUGUACGUGUAUACUACCUAUCCUGGCUCAAAUCGAAAAUAUUGAGAACCGAUGGUUUAUCUGAUCAAGUCGAACGACGCAAUGGUUGGAUAAAUGUUGGCGAUUUACAAGGUGCUGUACAUUUUAAAAUUGUUAAAUACGAAAGGAUUAAGUUCCUAGUGAUUGCAUUAAAAGACUCAAUAGAAAUUUAUGCCUGGGCUCCCAAACCAUAUCAUAAAUUUAUGGCAUUUAAGAAUUUCGGUGAAUUGGAACAUCGUCCCUUGUUAGUUGAUCUUACAAUUGAAGAUCAAUCUAGACUGAAGGUUAUUUAUGGCUCAGCUGAGGGCUUUCAUGCAGUUGAUUUGGAUUCAGCUGAAGUAUACGAUAUUUAUCUUCCUAAGCAUACUCAGGGUGCAAUCAUUCCUCACUGUAUUGUGGCUCUUCCAAAUUCAAAUGGUAUGCAAUUAUUAUUAUGCUACGAUAAUGAAGGUGUUUACGUGAAUACAGUUGGACGUGUGUCCAAGAAUAUUGUGCUACAGUGGGGCGAAAUGCCAACAUCAGUGGCAUAUAUUGGAACUGGACAAAUUAUGGGCUGGGGCAAUAAAGCAAUAGAGAUACGCUCGGUUGAAACAGGACACUUGGACGGUGUCUUCAUGCAUAAAAAAGCACAACGUUUGAAAUUUUUGUGCGAACGCAAUGACAAAGUAUUCUUCAGCAGUGCCAAAGGUGCUUCAUCGUGUCAAAUCUACUUCAUGACUCUCAAUAAACCGGGCAUGGCGAAUUGGUAACAAAUAU